GCGGGCAGGUGCGGUCGGCGGAGAUGGCGCGCCCGUGGCGGCUGAUGCUGCCGCUGCUCGUCCUCUACUCCCCCAUCGUCUACUCGCAAGAAGCCCAGGAUAACGAUCCCUCUACGUUGUUCAAGCGAGCAUCAGAGAUGAUGAGCCUGAGGAAAUACGAUGGGGCACUCGGUCUGCUGAAUGCUGUCUUGGAGGUUGAUCCGAAUCAUUCGGAAGCUUACAGGCAGCGCGCGUCGGUGCUCCGUCAGAGAUGCAGCUACAAGGAAGCUGAGAGUGAUUAUAACAAAUACAUGGAGCUAAAGCCUGGGACCGCUUCAGUUGAGAAGGAAUUGUCUCAGUUGCUGCAGGCUAAAAAUGCAUUAGAAUCUGCUUAUAGCCAGUCUGAUGCUGGAGACUUCUCAAAAGUCCUGGAGUACGUCAAGAAAAUCGUGCUCGUCUUUUCUCCGGGUUGCUUACAGGCAAAGCUUCUCAAGGCUAAAGCGUUGUUAGCACUGAAAGACUAUUCGAGUGUUAUUUCUGAGACAGGGUUUAUUCUGAAGGAAGAUGAAGAUAACCUGGAUGCACUCUUACUUCGUGGUCGAGCAUACUAUUACCUUGCUGAUCAUGAUGUUGCCAACAGGCACUAUCAGAAAGGUCUCCGUCUAGACCCUGAACAUACAGAAUUGAAGAAAGCAUACUUUGGAUUGAAAAAACUUCUGAAGAAGACCAAGAGUGCUGAAGAUAAUGCUGCCAAGAGUAAGUUACGCAUGGCUGCUGAGGACUACAAGGCAGCACUAGCAAUGGACCCAGACCAUACUUUGUAUAACGUAAAUCUUUAUCUUGGGCUAUGUAAGACGCUGGUUAAACUUGGGAGAGGCAAGGAGGCAAUCAGCAGUUGUACAGAAGCACUCAGCAUAGAUGAAGAACUUGUUGACGCUUUGGCACAGAGAGGUGAGGCUAAACUUCUCACAGAAGAUUGGGAAGGUGCUGUUGAGGACCUAAAAGAGGCUGCCCAGAAAUCACCACAGGACAUGGGAAUCCGAGAAGCAUAUAUGAAAGCUGAAAAGCAGCUCAAGUUGAGCAAAAGGAAAGACUGGUACAAAAUUCUGGGCAUAUCAAAGACAGCAUCAGCUGCAGACAUCAAGCGUGCAUACAAGAGGCUGGCAUUACAGUGGCAUCCGGAUAAAAACCAGGAGAACCGGGAGGAAGCAGAGAACAUGUUUCGAGAGAUCGCUGCUGCCUACGAGGUGCUCAGUGACGAAGACAAGCGUGUAAGAUAUGACCGAGGAGAGGAUCUGGACGAGAUGGGUGGAGGAGGUGGUGGUGGCGGAUUCAACCCAUUCGGGGGAGGCGGUGGCCAGCAGUACACGUUCCACUAUGAUGGUGGGUUCCCCGGCGGCGGUGGCGGCGGAGGAUUUCCCGGAGGCUUUCAGUUCAACUUUGGUUAAAGCAGGCCAGGCUUUACUGAUGGCGUCUUCUUUUCUUGUCACUGCUAUGCUGUUUUAGGAGAGCUUAACGACAGAUGUUAAUUAUAGGGCUUUACUGUCUUGUCACUACUUCGGUUAAAGUUUUGUAGCACCUACAAUUUUUUACCGGAAAUCAUGUUAUAUUGUUAUACCUGAGAACUUUGUUAUGCAUCGAUCAAUUAAUAGAAAUAAGCCUGUACUAUUUUCCAUGC